CGUAAAGUCAAAGAUUUGCGGCCUUUUUGUUGUUUAUAUACUACUUCAUUUUUUGUUAACCCAACUUAUGCAAUAUAUAGUAUAAAAAAGCAAUAUUUGACACUCUCUUCCAUAACACCUCUAUACGACCCUGCAUCAAUGGAGUUUGUAGUUAUUGCUAUUGGCCUGUUCUUAUUCAACGCACUUUUUGGAGCCACUCUCACAAUUUUCAGCCUCCGGAAACCCAAGAACUUACCUCCAGGCCCAACCCCGCUGCCAAUCAUCGGAAGCCUCCACCUGCUCGGCGACAAACCACACCAAUCCCUAGCCAAGCUCUCCAAGAUCUAUGGCCCAAUCAUGUUCCUUAAACUUGGUCGCGCCACCGCUCUUGUCAUCUCCUCCGCCGCUGCCGCCAAAGAAGUCCUCCAAAAGCAAGACCUUGCUUUCUCCUCCCGCCAUAUCCCCGACGCCCUCAGCGCCCAUAAUCAGUCCCUUCACUCCGUUGUCUGGCUCCCUGCUGCCACCCAGUGGCGGAUCCUCCGCAGAAUCCUUAACACCAACAUCUUCACCACCAAAUCCCUUGAUACUAAUCAGCAAUUACGGAAGCAGAAAGUGCAAGAACUCGUUGCAUACUGCCGGAAAGCCAGCCAAUCCGGAGAUUCAGUCAAUAUCAGUCGAGCUGCUUUCAGAACCACCCUAAAUCUCCUAUCCAACACUCUUUUCUCCAAGGAUUUGACAGACCCGUAUGAGGAUUCCGGUAAAGAGUUUAAGGAACUGGUUGAUAACGUCAUGGUGGAGGCUGGGAAGCCAAAUCUGGUGGACUUUUUCCCGGUGUUGAAGAAGAUCGACCCACAAGGGAUCAGGAGGAGAAUGACGAAUUAUUUUGGGAGGAUUAAUGAGAUUUUUGAGGAAUUGAUUGAAGAGAGGUUGGGGAUGAGUGAGUCGAAGCACGAUGAUGUAUUGGACGUCUGUUUGAAAAUAAGUCGAGAGAAUCCAGAUGAGAUCAAUCGAACACAUAUCAAGAGCUUGUUUUUGGAUUUGUUUGUUGCUGGCAACGAUACGACGUCAAACUCUUUAGAAUGGGCAAUGACAGAGUUAUUGUGCAAUCCACACAUCAUGACGAAAGCUAAAAAAGAGCUCGAAGAAGUAGUUGGCAAAGGGAAAAUUAUAGAAGAGUCGGACAUCUCAAGGCUACCUUACUUAGGUUGUAUCGUGAAAGAAACCCUAAGGAUUCAUCCUCCAGUCCCUCUUUUGAUCCCCCGAAAAAUUCAAACCGAAGUGAAACUCAAUGGCUACAUUGUGCCCAAGGGCACACAGGUGCUUGUCAAUGCAUGGGCUAUAGGGAGAGACUCAACUUUGUGGGAUGACUCAAUGAAGUUCAUACCAGAAAGGUUCUUGACCUCAAGUCUUGAUGUUCGGGGUCGUGACUUUGAGCUAAUACCAUUUGGUGCUGGACGAAGAAUAUGUCCUGGUUUGCCACUUGCAGUUCGUAUGCUUCAUGUGAUGUUAGGAUCACUACUCAAUAAUUUCGAUUGGAACCUUGAUGGUGGACUUGGGCAUGACGAAUUGGACAUGAAUGAAAAAUUUGGAAUCACCUUGCAAAAGGCUAACCCUCUUUGUGUUGUUCCAGUUCCGCUAAAUUAGCUUAUAUACACUUACGUCAUUUACUUUGCCUUUUCCUUUGGGCUAAAUAAAAGAUAAUAAAAAUGUAACAUCCAACUUGCUUUUUUAAUAAUUAUAAU